UGUUGUGUCCGCACCGCACGGCCGCUGCGCUGCAAUGUCAUCAUCAUCAUCUUCAUCGUUAUUAUCGCCCUUAUGAGUGAUAUUUCCCGACGGAGCUCGUCCGUGGCGGGAUCCGAGCUAAUCGCGAGCGUUUAUUCAAUGCUUUCCGACUGAAAGAGACGCUGUUGGAGCCCAGUUCGGGACAGAAAGACGAGUGAAAGGUUGUGAAGCUCUGUGAAUCUGAAAAUGGCCGUGUGGCAGCAGUUUGGAUUGCUUCUGUGGAAGAACUAUAUUCAGCAAUGGCCAGUCAGAAACGUGCGUGGCUUUGAAACAGAGGAGCAGUUUGAGGAGUUUGUGAAAACUGACCCACAGUCAGGCAAGAUCUUGGCAGCCAUUGUGUUUGAGCACCAGUUCACACACGACGACGAGCCGCUUCCUCUGCAGGUCAGCUAUCAUCUGCGCUUCACGUACAGCCCCAGAAACGCUCCGGUGCGCGAGAAGUCUGAGCUCAACCCCAACAAUGAUCUGGACUGGCACACGCUCAGUCUGUUCCCGCUGUUCCAGCUGCCCGGGCCCAGAGAACAACACGAGCCACACGGGGGCACACCAGGAUAUCACCGCGAGGGCUUCCUGCAGGUGCAGCACGCGGUGGACCGGGCCAUCAUGAAGGCCUACAACAGCACGGCUGCGGCGGCCCUCCUCAAGAGAGCCCAAGUGCUGCUGGCUCGUUUCCCUUACCCAGCAUUCAUGUACGACGUCUUCAUCCUGGCCAUCCAGAACCAGCUGCCGCUGCUGCUGGUGCUCAGCUUCACCUACACGUCUCUGAACAUCGUCCGAGCUGUAGUACAGGAGAAGGAGAGGAAACUGAAGGAGUACAUGCGCAUGAUGGGUCUCAGCAAUUGGUUGCACUGGAGCGCCUGGUUCCUCAUGUUUCUCCUCUUCCUCUCCAUCUCCAUCUUCUUUGUCACCGUGCUUAUCUGCGUCAAGGUGAGUCCUAACGGAGCGGUGUUGACCUACAGUGACCCCACGCUGGUGUUUUUCUUCCUGCUGGUGUUUGCCGUGUCCACCAUUAACUUCAGCUUCAUGAUCAGCGCCUUCUUCUCCAGAGCUUUCUUCGCCGCAGCAGCGGGCGGCUUCAUCUACUUCCUGAGCUACCUGCCGUACGUCUUCCUGUGGCCUCGCUAUGACCUGCUGUCGCACGCCCAGAAAGUCUCCGCCUGCCUCAUCUCCAACGUGGCCAUGGCCAUGGGAGCCCAGCUGAUCGGCAUGUUUGAGGGCAAAGGGACGGGCAUCCAGUGGCAUAACCUGUUUGAGCCGGUGACGGUGGACGAUGACUUCUCUCUGGCUCAAGUGCUGGGACUGCUGUUGCUGGACUCUGUGCUGUACGGUCUGGUUGCCUGGUACGUGGAAGCCGUGUUUCCGGGAGAAUAUGGAGUCCCUCGCCCGUGGUACUUCUUCAUCCUGCCCUCAUACUGGUGCAGCAGCCCUCGUGUGACCCUGCUGAAGGAGAAGGAGGAAGAGGAGGAGGCCGAGAAGGUGUCGAAGGGCGAAUUCUUUGAAGAGGAGCCAGCUGGACUGGUCUCGGGGGUCAAGAUCAAACAUUUGGCAAAGGUGUUCAAAGUGGGCAAUAAGACCAAGGAGGCGGUGAGGGAUUUAACGCUCAACAUGUUUGAAGGCCAGAUCACUGUCCUGCUGGGUCACAACGGCGCGGGCAAGACCACCACACUAUCAAUGCUGACCGGCCUUUUCCCGCCCAGCAGUGGUCGUGCGUACAUUAAUGGUUACGACAUAUGUCAGGAUAUGGCUCUGAUCCGCCGCAGCCUGGGCCUGUGUCCGCAGCAUGACGUGCUCUUCGACAACCUCAACGUCCGAGAGCACCUGCUCUUCUACACACAGCUGAAGGGUUAUCCUUGCGAAAAGAUCCCUGAUGAGGUGGACCGCAUCCUUCGGAUCCUGAAUUUGGAGGAUAAGCGCCAUGCACGAUCCAAAACCCUCUCUGGUGGGAUGAAGAGGAAGCUUUCCAUCGGCAUUGCUUUAAUUGGAGACUCAAAGGUGGUGAUGUUGGACGAGCCCACCUCAGGAAUGGACCCCUCAGCCCGCCGGGCCAUCUGGGACCUGCUGCAGGGCGAGAAGCGCGGCCGCACCAUCCUGCUGACCACGCACUUCAUGGACGAGGCUGACCUGCUGGGAGAUCGGAUCGCCAUCAUGGCUAGCGGAGAGCUACAAUGCUGCGGCUCGCCGCUCUUCCUCAAGAACAAAUACGGUGCUGGUUACCACAUGGUUAUAGUAAAAGACGCGUUUUGUAAUGUGUCAGAGAUCAGCCGUCUAGUGCACAUGUAUGUUCCCGACGCCACUCUAGAGAGCACUGCAGGCGCUGAACUCUCAUACAUACUGCCCAAAGAGAGCACCAGCCGGUUUGAGCUGCUGUUUGCUGAGCUGGAGAUGAAUCGAGAUGAGUUGGGCAUCGCCAGCUACGGGGCGUCCGUUACCACCAUGGAGGAAGUUUUUCUCAGGGUCGGGAAGCUCGUGGACUCCAGUCUGGAUAUUCAGGCCAUCCAGCUUCCUGCUCUGCAGUACCAGCAUGAACGGCGGUCACAUGACUGGACCAUGGACGACUCCAGCAGCAUCAGCGGCAUGACAGACGUGACGGAUUUCACUGACAGCGGCACUAUGAUCUCAGAGGACGGCUCCAACAUCAAACUCAACAUUGGGGCCAGGCUCUAUAUGCAGCAGUUCUACGCUAUGUUCCUGAAGAGGGCGCUCUACAGCUGGCGCAACUGGAAAGUGAUGGUGGCUCAGUUUCUGGUGCCGCUCAUUUUCACUGUGUUGGCCCUCGUAGUAGCCCGCGCCCUCCCUGGAAGCCAAAUCACGCCCCAGCUCCGUCUGGUGCUAAAACAAUAUGGCCCUACUCACGUACCCGUGGCUGUAGACGUCAGUGCUGGGCCGCUGGCUACAGCUCUGGCUGAGAUCUAUGCUGCACAGCUGCCUUCCCAGAAUGCCAUUCCUGCCACUAAUAUAACAGAUUUGUCGGAGUACGUGCUAUAUAAUGCCAUGAGGGAGGGCGGGGCUUUCAAUGAGCACUGCGUGGUGGGCGCGACUUUCAGGGGCCGAUCCAGGAAGAACACUGAGGUCAUCGGCUACUUCAACAACCAGGGCUAUCACACCCCCGCUACAGCACUCAUGCUGGUUGACAACGCUCUCUACAAGCUACUGGCCGGACCCGACGCCUCCAUCCAGACUGGAAAUUACCCCAUGCCCCGCAACAUGUCCGAGACGGCCCAGAGCCAGCUUUCUGAGGGUCAGACAGGCUUCGCCAUCGCUAUAAACCUCAUGUACGGCAUGGCAUCAUUAGCCAGCACCUUCGCCCUGCUCCUCGUCUCUGAGCGGUCGGUGAAGUCCAAACAUGUGCAGCAGGUCAGCGGUGUCUACCUGUCCAACUUCUGGUUCUCCGCCCUGCUGUGGGACCUCAUCAACUUCCUGUUGCCCUGCCUGCUCAUGCUGGUGGUCUUCCAGGUGUUUUCAGUGAAAGCAUUUGUGGCUGAAAACCACCUGGUGGAUGUUCUGCUGUUGCUGCUUCUGUAUGGCUGGGCGGUGAUUCCCCUCAUGUACCUGCUCAGCUUCAUGUUCUCCUCGGCCGCCACCGCUUACACGCGCCUCACUAUCUUCAACAUCCUCAGCGGCACAGCCACCUUCCUCGCGGUCACCAUCAUGACCAUACCUGAGCUCAAGCUGGUAGACCUGUCUCACCUCCUGGAUAAGGUCUUCCUGAUCUUCCCGAAUUACUGCUUGGGCAUGUCCUUCAGCGAGUUCUAUCAGAACUACGAGAUCAUCACUUUCUGCACCUCCAGUGUCUUUGCCGAGUACAUUUGCAAGUACUACAACAUCACGUAUCAAGUAAACUACUUUUCCAUGGAUGAGCCUGGAGUGGGUCGCUUCCUGGUGGCCAUGUUCCUGCAGGGUGUCGUCUUCAUCGCCCUGCUUUUCUUCAUUGAGCUCCGGUGCAUCCAUGUGCUGCUCAACCUCUGCAGGAGACACAAGAAGAUUUUGCUGUUGGCAGAAGAAGCUCUUCAACCUGAGGACAGAGAUGUUGCGGAGGAGAGAAAAAGAGUUUUGGAGUGCCAGCCAGUGGUUGAGUCCAUGGUGGGCAGCCCACUUAUCCUACAGGAGCUCAGCAAAGUAUAUUCAGGUGGGCAGUCGUUGUUAGCGGUGGACCGUUUGUCUUUGGCCGUUGGGAAGGGCGAGUGCUUUGGUUUACUGGGAUUUAAUGGAGCAGGGAAGACUACGACAUUCAAAAUGUUGACGGGUGAUGAAAGCAUAACUUCAGGAGAUGCCUUUAUUGACGGCUACAGCAUCCUCCGAGAUGUGAAAAAGGUGCAGCAGAGAAUUGGCUACUGUCCCCAGUUUGAUGCGCUGCUAGAUCACAUGACAGGGCGGGAAACCCUGAGCAUGUAUGCCAGACUGAGGGGCAUCCCAGAGAAAUACGUCACAGCCUGUGUAGAAAACGUCCUGCGUUCGCUGCUGCUCGAACCUCACGCUGACAAACUUGUCCGCAGCUACAGUGGCGGCAAUAAGAGGAAGUUGAGUGCAGGCAUGGCUCUAAUCGGUGGGCCGCCUGUGAUCUUCCUGGACGAGCCAUCUACUGGCAUGGACCCUGUGGCCAGACGGCUGCUUUGGGACGCAAUUACACGCACCAGAGAGUCUGGCAAAGCCAUCAUCAUAACCUCACACAGUAUGGAGGAGUGCGAGGCGCUGUGUACUCGGCUGGCUGUCAUGGUGAACGGCCAGUUCAAAUGUCUGGGCAGCCCGCAGCACCUGAAGAGCAAGUUUGGUAGCGGUUACACGCUGCUGGCGAAGGUCCGCGUGGACACGGAGUUAGAGGAGAUGGAUCUUCAGCUCUUCAAAGACUUCAUUGAAAGCACCUUUCCAGGAAGUUUACUGAAGGAUGAACACCAGGGAAUGGUCCACUAUCACCUGACUGACAAAACUCUCACCUGGGCACAGGUGUUUGGUGUUUUAGAAACAGCCAAAGAGAAGUACAGCAUCGAGGACUACUGCGUCAGCCAGAUCUCACUGGAGCAGGUGUUCCUCAGCUUCGCCCAGUUCCAGCACUGCGCCGAGGCCUGCAGGAAAUGACACGCUCAAGCUCUAAAGGGACGGAGCGCCUCGAUCGGACCUUCACCUGAAGAGUAGAAGGUACAGCCUGGGCCGACUGACUCUCUGUCAGACCACUGGACAUUGCUCAGGUGUCUCUCUUCACUUACACAUCUCUGACAUGAUCAUACAUGCGUAACACACAUUUCCAGACUUAAACACUGUGUCGCACGGAGACAGGACCACUAACGCAAGAUCUCCGCCAGGAGGGGGUUUAUUUCAAGUCUGUGUGUGCGUUUGUGAGCAGUUUGAGUUUCAACGGGAAGUUUGUCACACCAUCGGAAACAGUCUUUGAAUUUUAAUCGGUGGGGCUCCGUACUGUAAAGAAAAGGACGUUUAUUCAUCAUCUGUAAGCACGACAGACAGCAUGUCUCGUGUGCACUUGUGUACGAUUGCGGUGUUAUUUAUAAAUGUCUUUUUUGUUUGGUUCUGCUCACCUGUUUUUUUUUUACUGUGGUCUCAACGCUUAAGGUAUGUGCAUUUCACCCCUUUUUCUGAUAAAAUAUGCAAAAAGGCCAGAAAUAUCAGAAAAUGCAGUGUCCAAAAACAUGGUAUAAAAGCUGCUUCUUUGGGAUUCGCAAUGUUGUAGAAUAUAAAAUUUACAAGAAUAGUUACUGAAUAUAAAUUUUAUAGAAUUAGGGUAAUUUGUAGAAUUUAUACAAUAGAUUUAUUCCCCUUAUCUAGACAUUUAAAGUCCGCUGUUUGUUAGAUAUCGUUUUAUCUUCCACAAAAAAGGAAAUCGUUCCAUGUAAUAGACAGCUUUUCGUAUGUAUUUCAAAAUAAAAG